CCAUGGGGAGCGCGGCCCGGCGGCGGCCCGGCGGCCCCGCUCGCCCAUAGCCCGGCGGGGCAUGCCCGGCCCCAGGAUGCCGGCCUGGGGGAUCCUGCCCGUCACGCUGCCUGCCUUCACCAUCACCGGCAUGUGGAUCGUAUAUGCCAUGGCACUAUCCAACAACCACAUCUGCCCUGUCCACAACUGGAGUUACAAUCAGUCGUGUGACAUGGACGGCCCCAGCUCCUGCUGCACACUGGAUCACAUCCCCCUGGUCAGCAAGUGUGGCACCCUGCCUCCUGAGAGCUGCUUCUUCAGCCUCAUCUGCAGCCUGGGCUCCUUCAUGGUCAUCCUGGUGGGUCUGCUGCGCUAUGCCCACCUCCUGGAGCGCCUGGGGCCGUCCCUCCUCAACACCCUGGGGCUGGCCACUGGCUGGGUCUGUGCUGCUGGCCUCACCAUGGUUGGCAACUUCCAGGUGGAUCACGCCAAGGUGCUACACUACAUUGGGGCGGGGGUGGCCUUUCCCACCAGCAUGCUGUUCCUGCUCCUGCAGUCCAUCCUCACCUACCGCAUGGCUAAAACCCGAGGGCAGUACUGGACCGGCCACUUACGUAGCAUCCUCACCACUGUGGCCUUCUUCACCCUCGUCUUCAGUGGCGUGUUCUUCAUCCAGGAGAGCUUCGUGCUGCAGCACGUGGCUGCCUUGUGUGAGUGGAUGUUCAUCAUUGAUGUUCUGGUUUUCUAUGGCACGUUCACCUUUGAGUUUGGGGCCAUCUCCACAGACACCUUCCUGGUCCUGCUGAAAGCCAGCCGGGCCCCCAAAAGUUACAAAGGCGAGAGCAGCCUGUCCAGUACGGCCCACAUCCACAGCCAUGUGGAGGGCCUGGCUAUGGCCUGACCCCCACAGGCUGCAGCCCGUAGAGGAGACCCCAAACUGGGCUCUGCCAGUGACUCCCCACCUUGAAUAUCUCUGAAAACCCCGCUGCUGUGUGUUUUU